GUGCGUAAUUGAGAGAAAGUGAGAGUGUGUGUGAGUGUGUGAGAGUGUGUGAGAGUGUGUUACAGUGUGUUACUUGAUCAGACCUGUAGCUUCACGUUUACUCCGGAUUUAGGCUCCGUCUGCUAUUUAACUAACUCUGGACGCAAAACUUUCCGUCACUGAUGUUCUCAGCUGUGUGUGUGGAUGAGCUCAGAGGUUUACUGAGACCCUGAGAUGGCGUUGGUCUUUCAGUCACUGGAAAAAUGAUGUUGCGCAAUCUGCUCGUCUCGCCCACGGCAAUAAAUAAGAGCUCUCGUUUCCAGUCACUUAACUUCCCUGAGGAGAACGACGAAACCAUGAGUAAAAGCGACAGAGACACCCUGCUCAAUUCCGAUUCUGUCUCCGAGGUCAGCACCGUCGACCCGCAGCCUUUACCCGCUACGACUCGGUCGCCUCACGGCGGGUCCGCCGCUUUCCACGACUUCUGCAGUAGCGAGAGCAGCAGCACGCAGUCCGGCUACGGACCGUACCAACCUCGCCUGGGCCUGCCAGCGGGCUACACCGCCCAGACGCCCUUCCCCAGCCAUGCCGAAAGCUCCUUCAGCACCAUGCAGCCUCAUAAAGACCAGUGGCUCCAUUCCAGCUCUUUUUCAGGUGGAUUCUCCAGCAACGGACGUCCGUCCUGCGUCGUGUCCGGAGAUUACUGUUCGCACUCGCUUCCAGAUGGCCACAGCUCUGACACUGCCAGCUUGGAGCAGCCUCGCUCGCUGCACUCCAUCCCUAUGGAAUUGGCGCAGCACAGCUACUACCUGCCCCUCUGCUCGUCACACGGGGCGCCGUGCUGUGGGCCGGCUCCAGGACACGCCUUCUGGAUGAAUCCGAGACCACAUCCUGACACACGCUACCACGUGUCGUAUUCAUCUUCCAAUUCCAGUAACAGUAAGCCUUCAGACCCCGAGCUCAUUCCCAGGAACGAAUCGUUUCAGCCUCAGCCGAAGAGCGUUCCCAGCACCGCACCCCUGUCAUUAGAGCAGAGGAAAGUGUUUGUGACUUACGAAGCCGACAACGAAAAACACGUUAAAGAGGUCAUCAAUUUUGUGGCGCUGCUGAGGCACAACGGCUUCUACACCCACAUUGACAUGUUUGAACAGCAGUUCAGGAGCAUAAGUAAGAUUGACUUUAUGGAAAGGUACAUUACUGAGAAAGACUAUCUCAUCAUCAUCAUCAUCAGCCCAAAGUACUUCGAGAUCGUAACUAAUGCUUCAUUAUGCGUAGAGAAUGAUGAAACGCUCAACACCGUCUAUAUCCACAAACAGUUACAGAACGAGUUCAUUCAGAACGGGUGCAGGAAUUUCAGAUUCAUCCCGGUGUUGUUUCCUGGUGCCAAGAGAUGCCACGUUCCUGCGUGGCUCCAGAACACACACAUCUUCAGCUGGCCCAGAGACCGAGACGACAUCUUGCGACGGCUCAUGCGACUCGAGAAGUACAAACCUCCGCCCAUCGGGGAGCUGCCCACCAUCGUCUCCAUCCCCAUAUAGUAAAAGAAGCGUGGGACGGUGUUGAUGGUGGAGUGUUACACCUGCAUCUUGAGCCAUGAAUGGCUUUCAACAGAAAGUGGACCCAUUAGAACCAGGAAUUGUAACCUUCUCGCUACUAUUUAUACCUUGGAACCUGUGUAUAGAGUUUCUAUGGUGUACAUUUAACACUCUUUCACACCUGUGAGUCUGAAUCAGAGAGGCAGAAUAACUUUGGCUGAGGUGUGUGUGUGUGUGUGUAUGGCUGAGAACGUCCUCUGAAAACUUUUCAUUCGUUGUUUUAGAAAUGCGGCGACUAUUAAAGAUCUCUGUGCGUAGAAAUCACAAAGAUCACAGCGAACACGGAGGCGGUGCGAAAUAAACGAUUCGAUGAUGAAA